AUGGGUGAAUUCUCUUCUACAAUGCGAGAGAUUGUGCAACGUGAGCGUGAAGCCGCAUUGUGGCAUCAGCUAAUUGCGAACGGCUACGACUUCAGUGGUGUAGAGAUCGAUAGUUAUACAAUGGAGAACGCGCCAGCGCAGCCCGAGAGUCCUGAAAAUGAGAAUAUGCCAGCGCAGCCCGAGAGUCCUGAAAAUGAGAAUACGCUAGCGCAGCCCGAGAGUCCUGAAAAUGAGAAUAUGCUAGCGCAGCCCGAGAAUCCACUAUUGGGGAACACGCUGGGGAGUCCUAUCCCAACUGUCGGCAAAGACAGCGCAGCUGCCCCGCUAUCCGAACUUGAAAGAACUGCAAGGGAGAUGGAACCUCAGGCCAUCCGCCCCCGCCGUUACGAAUUCGCACCAGUACCACCUGUAACCUCGGACGAAUUUUGGGAAGCCUCCGAUCCAGAACUGCAACAGAAUAUGGACAGGUUUAGAGAGGUAGCUGAGGCGGAACUGGCAAGAGAUGAGGAUGAAGAGGAGAAAAACGCAUUGGGACCAGCACCACGCGUAGCCUCGGACGCAUUUUGGAAGGCGUCCGAUCCAGAACUUCAACAGUAUAUGGACAGGUUUAGAGAGGCAGCUGAGGCGGAGCUGGCCAGACCAGAGGACGAAGAGGAGGAAGACGCAUGGGGACCACCACAACCCGUAACCGGGGACGACAUGUGGGAGGUGUCCGAUCCAGAACUGCAACAGAAUAUGGGCACGUAUAGAGAGGUAGCUGAGGAAGAGGAGGAAGUGGAGGAAGACGCAUGGGGACGACCAAAACCCGUCUUUUGGGAGGUGUCCGAUUCAGAACUGCAACAGAAUAUGGACAGGUUUAGAGAGGCAUCUCAGGCGGAGCUGGCCAGAGAAGUGGACGAAGAGGAGAAGGACGCAUUGGAACCAGCACAUCCCAUAACCUCAGAUGCAUUUUUGGAGGUGUCCGAUCCAGAACUGCAACAGACAAUGGACAUGUUUAGAGAGGCAGCUGAGGCGGAGCUGGCCAGAGAAGAGGAGAAGGAGAAGGAAGCGUAG